AGAGAGAGAGAGAGAGAGACGGAUAUCUCAGGUCAUCUGCAGCUGCAGCAAACCAGUGAAGGAGAGAGAGAGAGAGGGAGAGGGAGAGGGAGAGAGGGGGGGAAAAGCAGGGAAAGAUGGCGAUCCUCCAUUGCUGAGACCUGGCAAGGAGCACAUGAGACUCACAAAACAACUUCCACAACAAUAACAAGAAGAGCUAGGCAGAGAGGAAGAGGAGAGGAGAGGAGGCAGCAGCAAGAGCAGCAGUGCCGGGACGCUCCUAUUUUUCUAAUGUAAAAGAUCAUCCUGAACCAUGGAGGUCCUGCAGUGUGACGGCUGCGAUUUUCGAGCUCCAUCCUACGAAGACCUAAAAGCUCACAUUCAGGAUGUUCACACUGCUUUCCUGCAGCCAACUGAUGUCUCUGAGGAGAGCCCUACCCAGCCAAGGUCUGGUUCCAUCAACGCCAGCAACCAGACCGAGGUUGAAUUUUCUUCUGUAAAGGAUGAAUUCGCAAUUGCAGAUGACAUAGCAGGGCAAAAUGCAACAAGUCAGAUGGGGACUGGAAGUUACUAUAGCCAGAGCCAGACUUUCUAUGGCCAGCAUAUGGCUCCAAACCCUAAACCAACCAGCAAGUUUUUCCAGUGCAAGUUCUGUGUGCGUUACUUCCGUUCCAAAAACCUCCUCAUAGAGCACACACGGAAGGUUCAUGGAGCACAGGCUGGGGGGAGCUCAGUGGGGCCGCCAGCUUCUAGUUCCCUAAAUUACAACAUCAUGAUGCAUGAAGGGUUUGGUAAAGUUUUCAGUUGCCAGUUCUGCACCUACAAGUCACCCAGGCGUGCGAGGAUUAUUAAGCACCAGAAAAUGUAUCACAAAAACAACCUGAAAGAGAGUUCAGCUCCUGCUGCUGCUGCUGCUGCUGCUGCUGCUGUGUCUGAAUCAACGUCUGCUUCUGUGCCAGUGCAGGAACCUUGCAAGGAGCUGCCGGCAGAGGUGGUGGAGCGGAGCAUUUUGGAGUCGAUGGUCAAGCCCUUGACCAAGUCUAGGGGCAACUUUUGCUGUGAGUGGUGCAGCUACCAGACACCUCGGAGGGAGCGCUGGUGUGACCACAUGAUGAAGAAGCACCGCAGCAUGGUGAAAAUCCUGUCGAGCCUGAGGCAGCAGCAGGAUGGAACCAGCGCACCCGAGGUGCAGAGUAAGAGUGCCCAGAGUGCCUCUCCAAACUCGAAUUACAUGUCCAUGAACACUACAGGACGUGAGAUGUCGAGUGCUAAUGUCUCAAACUUCAGGGGAUCUAUGGGCAAUUCACUCAUCAGGCCCAACUCUUCUACAUCUUCGAAGUUUUCUUCUGUGUCUUACCCUCAAAUGAAGCCUAAGUCACCUCACAACUCGGGCAUGGUUAAUUUGUCUGACAGAUCCCGCUAUGGAAUUGCUGAUAUGACGAAUUCUUCUGCUGACCUGGAAACAAGCAGUAUGCUAAAUGACUCCAGCUCAGAUGAAGAGCUAAAUGAAAUGGACAGCGAGAAUGGCUUAAACUCCAUGGAUCACCAGACCUCAGGAAUGUCUGCAGAGCAGCUGAUGGGAUCUGAUGGCAACAAACUAUUGGAAACAAAGGGGAUUCCUUUCAGGAGAUACAUGAACAGGUUCCAGUGUCCUUUCUGCCCUUUCCUGACGAUGCACCGCCGAAGUAUUUCCCGUCACAUCGAGAACAUCCACCUGUCUGGGAAGACGGCUGUCUACAAGUGUGACGAGUGCCCCUUCACCUGCAAGAGCUCCCUGAAGCUCGGUGCCCACAAGCAGUGCCACACGGGAGCAACAUCCGACUGGGACACCAUGAACUCCCAGGCUGAGAGCAUUGCCUCGUCCCUGAACGACAGCACGGUGUCCUACGAGGGCGGGAAUAUCAACGGCAGGAAGUCGGCCGGGAUGAUGGAACCCGUGCAGCCGCAGCCGCCGCAGCCGCAACCGCAGCAGCAGCAGCAACAGCAGCAGCAGCAGCAGUCGCCCCAGCCCCAUUCGCAGCAUCCAUACAAGUGCACGUUGUGCAACUAUUCCACCACCACUUUGAAGGGCCUCCGAGUUCAUCAGCAGCACAAGCAUUCCUUCUGUGACAACUUGCCAAAAUACGAUGGGCCGCCGUCAAACGCACCACAGGAGAGCGAGGCAGAUGCUCACCCCUCUGCCAGCACGGUGAAGAAGAGCCAGACCUCCAUCCUUGGGCUCUCAUCUAAAAAUAACUUUGUUGCAAAAGCCCCCAGGAAGGUCUCAAAUGACUUCCCUUUGGAUCUCUCUCCCGUGAAAAAGAGAACUAGGAUUGAUGAAAUAGCGAGCAACCUGCAGAGCAAGAUCAGCCAAAACAAACAGCAGGAGGAUGCUGUGAUUAACGUGGAGGAUGAUGAGGAGGAGGAGGAGGACAAUGAGGUGGAGAUAGAGGUGGAGUUGGACAGAGAGGAAGAGCAAACAGAACCAAUGAUGGAGGUUUCCAGUUCUUACGCACCCCAGCAAAUGUGGGGCAGGGAGGCUAAUGAUUCCCAGAAGGAGGCGAGCUUCAGGAGCAUGCAGCACGACUACAAUUCCACCAACGGGGCGGAGAUCGAGCUCACUUUGUCUGAGGAUGAGGAGGACUACUACUCUGCUGUCAGCAUGAAGGACCAUCAGAGCCCUAAUGCCUCUGUUCUGGGCAGCCAGUCCAACAUGUACGGUACCGACCAGAACAACGAGAACUCGGAGUUCAGCGACUCUGGCAGGCUUUACUAUUGCAAACACUGUGAUUUCAGCAACAAAUCUGCCAGGAGUGUUAGCACCCACUACCAGCGCAUGCAUCCCUACAUCAAAUUCAGCUUUAGGUACAUCCUGGAUCCCAAUGAUCACAGCGCAGUGUACCGCUGUCUCGAGUGCUACAUCGACUACACAAAUUUUGAAGACCUGCAGCAGCAUUAUGGGGAGCAUCAUCCUGAAGCUAUGAAUGUACUGAACUUUGAUCAUUCUGAUCUGAUUUACCGCUGCCGCUUCUGCUCUUACACAAGCCCAAAUGUUAGAAGCCUGAUGCCACAUUACCAAAGAAUGCAUCCCACAGUGAAAAUUAACAAUGCAAUGAUAUUUUCGAGCUAUGUUGUCGAGCAGCAAGAAGGGCUGAACACAGAGUCUCAGACACUGAGAGAGAUCUUGAAUUCUGCUCCAAAAACUAUGGCAACCUCCACCCCCGUGGCUCGCGGGACUGGUGUGCCAGCUGGUUUUAACAAAAGUGCCACCAAGAGUUUCAGUCCUGAAUGUGAAAAUCAGAAGGAACCUUCAGUCAACACUGUGGUUGUUUAUGACUGUGACGUGUGCUCAUUUGCAAGCCCUAACAUGCAUUCAGUUCUGGUGCACUACCAGAAGAAGCACCCCGAAGAAAAGGCCUCGUAUUUCAGGAUCCAGAAGACCAUGCGCGUAGUCUCUGUUGACAGGGGCUCUGCCCUGGCCCAAAUGUCCUUUGAGCUGGGGGCUCCCAUCUCCCCGAAACUCUCCAGCUUGGGCUCUCAGCCUCCACCACCCCCUCCACCACCGCCGGACCUCUCUACGGAGCUCUACUACUGCAAGCACUGCUCCUACAGCAACCGUUCCGUCGUGGGGGUGCUCGUCCACUACCAGAAGAGGCACCCCGAGAUCAAGGUCACGGCCAAGUACAUCAGGCAGGCCCCGCCGACCGCAGCCAUGAUGAGGGCAGGGGAGCUGCCCCCGGGCAUGCAGAGGCCGCCGGUGUCCAUGCAGCAGCUAGGCCGCGAGGGCUCCGUGAACCCUCCGGAGAACGAGAUGUUCUUCUGCCAGCACUGUGACUACGGGAACAGGACGGUGAAGGGCGUGCUCAUCCACUACCAGAAGAAGCACCGCGACUUCAAGGCCAACGCCGAUGUGAUCAGGCAGCACACGGCCACCAUCAGGAGCCUCUGUGACCGCGGCCAGAAGAAAUCGGCUGGCAGCCUGCCCACCCACACUGCUGGUGCCGAGCGGGACAAGUCCAAGCUGAGAGCCCUCAAGUGCAGGCAGUGCAGCUACACCUCCCCUUACUUCUAUGCAUUGAGGAAGCAUAUCAAGAAGGACCACCCGAAUCUGAAGGCCACGGUGACAUCCAUCCUGAGGUGGGCGUUUCUGGAUGGCUUGAUAGAAGCUGGUUAUCACUGUGAAUGGUGCAUUUAUUCACACACAGAGCCGAGUGGCUUGCUUGUGCAUUACCAAAGGAGGCAUCCUGAGCAUUAUGUUGAUUAUACCUACAUGGCCACCAAGCUCUGGGCGGGUCCCGAUCCUUCCCCUCCUGCCCUAGUGAUGCCAACAGAAAUGAAGACCUACAAAUGCAGAGACUGCAUUUUUGAAGCAUCUUCUAUUUGGGAUAUUACCAAUCACUACCAAGCAUUUCACCCUUGGGCCAUGAAUGGAGAUGAAUCUGUGUUGUUGGAUAUCAUCAAGGAGAAGGAUACUGUUGAGAAAACCAUGCCACAGCCUGAUGAAGGUGGGGUCAGGAUGGAAUCUGAAGACCAGCUAGCAACACCACAGAUGGAUCAGGAUGCAGAGUGUGCAGAGGAUCCCAGCCUUUCCCAUGAGAAAACUGUCCAGCUGGCUUCUGCAAAUCCUGCCAUCUCCUCCACUCCAUACCAGUGUACAGUGUGCCAGUCCGAGUACAACAACCUGCACGGCCUCCUGACACAUUAUGGCAAAAAGCAUCCUGGCAUGAAAGUGAAGGCAGCAGACUUUGCUCAGGAUAUAGACAUUAACCCAGGGGCUGUGUACAAGUGCAGGCACUGCCCCUACAUUAACACACGCAUUCACGGUGUCCUCACACACUACCAGAAGCGUCACCCGUCAGUGAAAGUCACUGCUGAGGACUUUGUGCACGACGUGGAGCAGUCGACUGACAUAGCUCAGAACGACGUGGAAGAGACGAGCAGGAUUUUCAAGCAGGGCUAUGGUGCUUACCGCUGCAAACUCUGCCCCUACACGCACGGAACCCUCGAGAAGCUGAAAAUCCACUAUGAGAAGUACCACAACCAGCCCGAGUUCGACGUUUUUGCCCAGUCACCGCCAAAGGUGUCUGCCUCAGUGGAGCCAGACAUGGUGACCGAAAUCAAGGCCUCCCCAGAAAUUGCUCCUGAGGACGUUGGGGAGGUCUCCAUGCCGGCGCCUCAUUUCUCCAGUUCUCACCUAGUGUCUCACACAGUUUUCCGGUGUCAGCUCUGUAAAUAUUUCUGCUCCACCCGGAAGGGGAUAGCAAGACACUACCGCAUCAAACACAACAACGUCCGGGCGCAGCCGGAGGGCAAGAACAACCUCUUCAAGUGCGCUCUGUGCUCCUACACCAACCCCAUCCGCAAAGGGCUCGCGGCACACUACCAGAAAAGACAUGACAUUGAUGCUUACUACACCCACUGCCUGGCAGCCUCCAGGACAGUAAGCGACAAACCCAAUAAAGUGAUCAUUCCAUCUCCUCCCAAGGACGACACUCCUCAGCUCAGCGAGGAGCUGAGGAGGGCUGUGGAGAAGAAGAAGUGCUCGCUCUGUUCCUUCCAGUCCUUCAGCAAGAAGGGCAUCGUGUCCCACUACAUGAAGCGUCACCCCGGUGUUUUCCCCAAGAAGCAGCACGCCAGCAAGCUGGGGGGAUAUUUCACUGCCGUGUACGCUGAUGAGCACGAAAAGCCGGCCCCAGCCGAGGAGAGGAACGACUUUGAAAAGCCUGAGGUGGAGGCUGAGGCUCAGGAGAUCGAGUGGCUUCCCUUCAGGUGCAUUAAAUGUUUCAAGCUGUCCUUCAGCACGGCAGAGCUGCUGUGCAUGCAUUACACUGACCACCACAGCAAGGAUUUGAAGAGGGACUUUUCCAUACUUGGAAGCGGCACCCGCUCUCAGAGCCCUGUCUACCAGUGCAAGCACUGUGAUACAAAAUUGCAUAGCACGGCAGAGCUGACUGCACACUUGAAUGGUCACAAUGAGGAAUUCCAGAAGCGUGCCAAACGUCAGGAGAGGAGGAAGCAGCUUUUGAGCAAGCAGAAAUAUGCAGAUGGUGCUUUUGCAGAUUUCAAACAAGAGAGGGCUUUUGGACACUUGGAGGAUGUUUCAAAGCUCAAGGAGAGGAAGGUGGUUGGCUACAAGUGCAAGUUUUGCGUGGAAGUCCAUCCAACACUCAGAGCCAUCUGUAAUCACCUCCGCAAGCACGUCCAGUACGGGAAUGUCUCCUCUGUGUCGGCCACUGUAAAGCAGGAAGCUGAAGAUCCUUCAAACACAACUUUGAUGGAGGGUUUUGAGGGAGCCAAAGACCCUGGCAUGGUGGAAUUUACAGAAGCUGAAUAUGGAGCAUCCCUGGAAGAUGAAGCCAGGCCUGGGGGCUACCACUGCAGCCAGUGUGACCGGGUUUUGAUGUCUAUGCAGGGUCUGCGGUCCCACGAGAGGAGUCACUUGGCUCUGGCCAUGUUUGCCCGGGAAGACAAGUACAGCUGCCAGUAUUGCUCCUUUGUCUCUGCUUUCAGGCACAACCUGGACCGCCACAUGCAGACCCACCACGGGCACCACAAGCCGUUCCGCUGCAAGCUCUGCCCCUUCAAGUCCUCCUACAACAGCCGCCUGAAAACCCAUAUCCUCAAGGCUCACGCUGGUGAACAUGCCUACAAAUGUUCCUCCUGCUCAUUUUCCACCAUGACAAUCAGCCAGCUGAAAGAGCACUCCUUGAAAGUGCAUGGGAAAGCACUGACACUACCAAGACCCCGCAUUGUCAACCUUGCAGCCUCACACGCCCACCACACCUCCAAGAACCACACUCCUGCUGAAGAAGUGGAGGACUCUAAUGACUCUUCAUACUCGGAGCCUCCCGAUGUUCAGCAGCAGUUGAACCACUACCAGUCCGCAGCUUUGGCCAGGAACAACAACAACAUCAGCCCAAUCCCACUUUCUGGGAGUGCUGCAGGAGUGGAAAAAGCGGAAGCCAUCCUUAACUGUGAAUUUUGCGAGUUCUCCUCGGGGUACAUUCAGAGCAUCCGGCGCCACUACCGCGACAAGCAUGGAGGGAAGAAGCUCUUCAAGUGCAAAGAUUGUUCCUUUUACACAGGCUUUAAAUCUGCUUUUACUAUGCACGUGGAGGCCGGGCAUUCGGCAGUCCCCGAGGAAGGACCCAAAGACCUUCGCUGCCCUCUCUGUCUCUACCACACCAAAUACAAACGCAACAUGAUCGACCACAUAGUUCUGCACAGAGAGGAGAGGGUGGUUCCCAUCGAGGUGUGCCGUUCCAAGCUGUCCAAGUACCUGCAGGGAGUCGUUUUCCGCUGCGACAAGUGUACCUUCACCUGCUCCAGUGACGAGAGCUUGCAGCAGCACAUAGAGAAGCACAAUGAACUGAAACCCUACAAAUGCCAACUCUGCUACUAUGAGACCAAACACACAGAGGAGCUGGACGCUCACCUUCGAGAUGAGCACAAGGUGAGUCGUAAUUUUGAGCUGGUUGGACGGGUUAACUUGGACCAGUUGGAGCAAAUGAAAGGGAAAACAGAGAGCUCUAGCAGUGAUGAAGAGGAAAAAGAAGAAGAGUUAAGCCCCAAGCCUCAAGAGAGAGAUCCCAUGAUGUUUCCUGACAGCAGUGCUCCAGAGAAACGCUUCCCCUGUGAGUUCUGCGGCCGAUCCUUCACCGAGGGCUCCGAGUGGGAGCGGCAUGUGCUGAGGCAUGGCAUGGCGCUGAACGAGAGCAAGCUCAGGAGCAGCGAGGACAGCCAGCCCAAGGAGGACAUGGAGGACACGGCCAGCACGCUGCCAGAGGAGAAGGAAAGCAUCGAGGCCAUGGUGCUGGACUACUCCCACACUGGGGAAACAGCUGUCAGCAUGGUGGCUGCUGACCAACCUCUCCUCGACACCCCGGAGGCCAAAAGCGAAUAAGAAAAACAGCGAGUUUGGUGUGGUUCUAAUCGACAGUACUUGAACAGUGAUGAGUGGGCGGGGCGGGGCAGGGCGGGCAGAAGGAAGAAAUAAAGCUGCUUUUAGGACUGAAUGAUCUAUUUUCAAAGCACUGGUACCUGUGUGAGUGUGUGUAUAUUAAAGUUAUUUAAGUGAUGGAAUAAGUGGCUCCAUUACAUCACUGCAUCUUUGUUUUCCUCCCGGAUAUGACGAUGGGAAGUUUACGCUCAUCUUUGGACUAAUGAAGCAAAACUCCCCGUGUUUUUCCUACAUUUCACAUCGUGCUUUGCAGUGGAGACUUCGAUUGUUUUAUGAGUGGAAGCGUCGUGAGCGUGGAAGAAGUGGUAGGGGGACAACUUUUGGACGCACAAGUUUGUGUGCGUUUUUCUAGUUUUAAUACAUAACGCUUUUCCAGACUGAAAGCAAUUGCUUUAGAAAAGAAAAUUUAAAAAAAAAAAAAAGGAAAAAAAAAAAGGAAAAUUAAAAAACCACCACAGGGAAAACAAAACAAAAAAAAAAUGGAAAACAGAAAAAAAUUUAAAAAAACAAAACAGAAACUGCUUUGCUUAAAACAGUCACCUGUUUCCUAGUACCUCAGAAUUAACCAAGGGAGAUCUCUGCAUUUGUCAGUACUACCUGUUGUUGUUGUGGUUAAAUGUAGAGAGACUGCUGGGCAAGGUGGUGAAUGGAGGAAGAAAAAAAAAAGUUUUAAAGAAAGGAAAAACAAAUUGUGCUUAAAAUCCCAGUGUGGGUUUUAUUUCUUAAAAUACUGUGAUUUUUUUAAUUAUUUUAGUAAAAAAAAAAAACAAAAAAAAGAGAGAGAUACUUUAAUUCCUAGAUAACUGUUUGUGAAUUGUCAUCCUUUAUUCCAGGUAAGCUGUUUGUUAGUAUUCAGUUAUAAUUUUAGUAUUUGGUAGAUUUCAUGUGACUGAUUGUGCGGUUUUGUUUGCCACACGUUUUGUUUUCUAUCAGCCUGAGGUGUUACAAAUACAGCACAAUUAAGUUUCUCAUGUAAAAAUGAGUAUUUCUUUUUGAGUGGGGGACAGGGAAAGGAGACUAGAUCUUGUGAAUAGAACCUUUUUUUGUUGUCGCUGUCGUCGUCGUUGUUGUCCUCGUUAAUUUUAAACAUAAUGGAGAUAACAAAGAAGUUUUAACUUUAAAAAUAAAAAAAACUAAAGAACCAAACUUACAGCACAGCUAUGCAGCUCAUGGGCCAAACACAUGGGUCCUCAUAACCGUUCUGUUGCUUGUCAUAUUAACAUCUAUCAGUCUCACAACUGUAAAUUUUUGUUGAGAUUGGCUGCCUUUUUUUUUUCUCUUUUUUUUUUUUUUUUAAUUCCGUCUGUGGUUUGUGCGUGGGUUUUUGGUUGUUUCUCUUUUUUUUUUGUUUGUAUUUCU